AAAAUUAAAAAUAGGGCAUAGAUCGAAAAGAUGUCAGAGUUGUCUUCCACUUCAAUGUCCCAAAGUCAAUGGAAGCUUUCUAUCAGGAGUCGGGUAGAGCGGGUCGUGAUCAAUUGCCUUCAAGAAGUGUUGUUUAUUACGGAAUGGACGAUCGUCGGAAAAUGGAAUUUAUUUUAAGAAGUAGUGAAAGGAAGAAAGAGUCUUCAAGUUUACAAGAUGGAUCCUCAAAGAAGGCCCUUGAUAACUUCAGCCAGAUAGUGAAGUAUUGUGAAGAAUCUGGAUGUCGCCGAAAAAAGAUCCUUGAGAGCUUCGGGGAGAUGGUAUCUGCAUCUUUAUGUGGAAAAUCAUGUGAUGCUUGCAAACGUCCUAAUGUAGUUGCUAAAAACUUGGAAGAGCUCAAAGCUGCUGCCACCUUUCGCCAACGAACUGGAUCUUCAGGGAUAUUUAUUACCAGCUCAUCAAACCUCAAUGAUGGAGACUACUCUGAAUUCUGGAAUCGUGAGGAUGAUGCAAGCGGGCCAGAAGAAGAUAUAUCUGAUUCAGACGAAGCUCUUGAUGCUGCAAAGAAUGUAGCUUCUUCGCGGGUAUCAACAAAGCUAAGAAUCCAAGACAAAAUUGAAUUGCUGCAGCGAGCAGAAGAGAAUUAUUAUCAGAACAACAAUCCUGAGAAGCAGGUAAAUAAACAUGACAAAAAUGCAGUAUCCGAAACAUUAAGAGAGACGGGCAAACAAAGAUUGUUAGGCGCUUUAAAACAAAACGGAGAGCGGUUCUCUGAUAUAAGUAAGAGGUCUGAACCAUUAAGUGCUGAACCAGUAAGAGGUCUGAACCAUUAAGAGCUAGUAUAUUGUUUAACUAUUCAGAGGCAAAUGUCUGAUCAAUUCAGAUAAGAGCUCUUAACCAUUCAGACUCUGUAUAAUAUUUAACCAUUCAGAGGCAAAUCUCUUAACCAUUCAGACAUCUGAACCAUUAAGAGGCUGAAACAAACAGUCUAAACCAUU